AUGACAUCCUUAGUCAUUGAGUUCCUCAUUCGUUUGGGAACAUUUGCUGUCAUCAAGAAUCGGCCGGCCCCCACCCCCACUCCCGGCCGGCCUCUGCCGCCAACUCCGCUCGUCUCUCGGCGGCGUCCCCGGCUCGGCGUCCCUCGGAGGGUCCCGGCGAGGCUCUGGGUGCCCGCCCCCGGCGAGCUCAGAGACGCGGCGCGGCGCCGGCCUCCCCGCAGCCCGUCCGACUGGGGCCGCAGCCUCCCGUCGCAGCGGCUGGGAGCGGGUGGCCGGGCCCGGCGCCCCGGGAGCGCGGCCAGCCCCUCCUGUGCCGAUCUGCUCGUUCCUCAAGGCGCCCAUCCCCUUGCUGCGAUGACUAGCCUUCCGACCACGCCCUCUCCUGGAGAAGAACUGAUAACCACCCCCAUUCUGCAGGCCACCCAGGCCCCGUCCCCAGAAGCGGAAGCCAGCACAGCGCUCAUUGCAGUGGUUAUCACCGUGGUCUUCCUCACCCUGCUCUCGGUCGUGACCUUGAUCUUCUUUUACCUGUACAAGAACAAAGGCAGCUACGUCACCUACGAACCUGCAGAAGGCGAGCCCAGCACCAUCCUCCAGAUGGAGAGUGACUCAGCCAAGGGCAGGGAGAAGGAGGAAUAUUACAUCUAAUAAUUCCCCGGCCCCAAGGAGCAUAUCUAGGCUCCAGUGCUAACACACUAUUUAAUUUAUUAGGUGAAAGUUUUAUCUGACACCUGUGAGAAGCAUUGAUUGAUAUGGGCAAACCUCGUUUCUUUCAAGGACACAGGGCCAAAUGCCAACAGCCAGGAACCAGGGACACAGAGAAAGCUGCUUCUGAUGUCUUUAGCCAGGCCUUUGUCAUAGUGCCAGUGUUUGUUACUAACCCGCAAGGUGGAGCUAUACCAGGCAACGUUUGAGUACGAGCCCAGUCAUCUUCACUUUUUUCACAGGUCAAAGGGAAGAAGAGAGUUAGGGUCUCUAGCGGCUUCUCUGUCCCCUGCUUGGUCACCCAGUGACAGCCUAAGCGGAGAUAGUGUCCAUAGAAGUUCUUCCCAGAGACUGCCUACCACGGUUAUAGGCCAGGCCAGGAGAGGCAGGAGACUAUAGAGACCACACCUCCUGGUGAAUGUGCUACAUUCCUUAAUCUGAGCCCUUCCCUUCCAUAUUCCCCAACCACUUCAUACUUAUGCUAUUUUUAUCAGAAUUAAAAUUUCAUUGAUACAGAAAUCGGA